UUUCAAGAAACUCGGUGAUUCUAUCGCGGCGCUGGAUCCUACGCAUCUGGCUAUCCCGUGGGCGGCGGUCGGAUUGGGUCUUCAGAUUGCUGUCAAUUACUUUGAGCAUGACAGUCUUGCACAGGAAGGACUACAGGUGCUGGCAGUGCUCGUUCCCCGAUAUACCGUUUUUGAGAACCUCUAUCUGGGAGACGACUCUCAGAUCAGUAAAACGUUAAAGGGAGAACUGGUGCGAAUGUACUCUCGCGCUUUGACGUUUAUAGCAAAGCUGAAGACGUAUCAUGAGAAGGGCAUAGGGAGUACUGUCUGGACGCCGGCCCAGCUGAAGGAGCUGAUUGACGAGGUUCGGUCGCAGCACACAGUUGUCGAUGACCUUGGACGUCUUGUCGAUGCUGAGCGUCAACGAGAUACCGCGAGUAGAACUCAAACCCAGCUCGGAGAUGUCCAGAGUACACAGACAGCAUUGCGAAAGGCACUAGAGGAGUUUCAAGAUCCAAUACAAGAAAUACAUGAUGGCAUGAUAGACCUCGUCAGGAACCUUAAGGGUAUUUAUACCGACCUGUUGUUGCAGAGUUGCGCUGAACAGCACAGUCCAGGAGGAGACGCAAAUCCUCAAUUGGCUUUCUCGUGUCUCGUACGACAAGUAUCACCAAAGCUUGCGAGUGAACCGCAUGAAAGGCACCGGGCUGUGGGUAUUCGAUCAGCCUCAGUAUAAGCAGUGGAGGACGUCGGCAGAGUCGUCAGUUCUGUGGCUACAAGGGCAGGGUAAGUACCUUUCAAAUAAGGCGCCGAAUAUCG